AUGGAUGCUCCGAGGAGAGUUACCAUCAAGGAAGCGGGUGCACCGGAUUAUGUCCUUCAACCCCUUCAUGUAACUCACCCCAACUUGAAUGCGAACUUCGAAUUGAAGACCGCUUUGAUCAACCUCCUACCCAAGUUUCACGGGCUUCCCGCACAAGACCCUAUUCGACAUCUCAAGGACUUCCAUCGCAUAUGCUCGACUACUAGACGGGAAGGGUCCGAUGAAGUUGCUAUAUGGUUGUUUGCUUUCCCUUUCUCUCUCGAGGACAAGGCUAAAGAAUGGUUCUACACCCUCUCGAGUGAAGUUACCUCCGAUUGGGACUUACUUAGAAGAGGAUUCUUGGAUAAAUUCUUGCCUCCGGAAAAGAUGGAUAGGCUAAGGAAGGAAAUGUCUUGUAUUGUGCAAGGUGAGACGGAACCACUCUAUGAGUAUUGGGAACGGUUCCGUAAGCUACUAGAUGCAUGCCCCAACCACAUGCUUGACACUCAAGUAUUGCUUGGAUACAUAUGUCAAGGGAUGCGAGAGCAAGAUAGAACCCUCUUGGACACUUCUAGCAAUGGUUCUUUGUCCAAAUAUAAAACCGCGGAGGAGGCAUGGCAACUUAUUAUUGACUUAGCCGAAUCCAAUCAACAUAUGAGGCGAAGAGUCAACCGUCCAAGGACCGUGAAUGAGGUAUCAACUAGUAGUGAAACCACCGCUCUAACUCAAUCCUUGAAUGAGAUGACAUCCAUCUUGAGGCAACUCCAAUUGAACCAACAACAAUCACAACCUCAAUCAUACCAACAACAACACCCUCCACCACCUCAACAACACAACCAACAAUUGGUCCCUCAAAGAGUAUGUGGCAUUUGCUCUUACUACUCUUACUACACGGAUGAGUGCCCAAGCCUUCAAGAAGAUAAUACCUUGGCGGCUACCCAUAAUUUCUAUGAUCGCCCCAAUCAAGGAUACUACCAAGGCGGUAAUCCUAACCAAGGACCACCACCCAACCAAUCACAAGCUCCUCAACUCACAUAUGCAACCACCCCCUCUAACCAAGACGAAACACUCCGAACCAUUAUCCAAGGUCAAAAGGAACUACAAAACACACUUGCUUCCGAUCUCACCGGCCUCACCUCUACACUACAAGCUCUUCUUGCACGCAUGGAUACACCCUCAACUUCCACUCCUCAACCCCCAAUCCAAAGUGUCAUUCCCUCUCAACCUCAACCAAAUCCAAAGGGGGGCCUCAAUGCCAUCACCCUUAGAUCCGGUACGCAACUAAAAGGGAAGGAAGCAAAGAAUUCAAGCCCUAUCACAACCGCCCAAGAAGAGGAGAGAAUAGACAUAGAAGAGGUAGUGGAAGAGGAGACACCACAAGCCAUAGUUGAGGAUGAAGUCCAACCAACAAGGGAGACACCCAAGGCCAAAAGAACCUUGGAAGAAGAAGUUGCUCAACCACUUCCAUUCCCAACACUUGCGAAGAAAGCUAAAAAGCGCAUAGAACUCGACCCUAAAAUGGUGGAAGUGUUCAAGAAAGUUGAGGUAACCAUCCCCCUCUUUGAUGCUAUCCAUCAAGUUCCUAGAUAUGCUAAAUUCCUCAAAGACUUAUGCAUACAUAAGGACAGAAUUCUUGAAUUGGAAACCAUUCCAUUGGGGACAUGUGUUAGCAUCAUGCCACUCUCCGUUUACCGGGUAUUGAACUUGCCACCACUAAAAAGGUCGACGGCAAGAUUUGUCCUAGCGGAUAAAAGCAUAAUAACCGUAGCGGGUGUUGCGGAAGAUGUAUUGGUGAAUAUAAAAGGGUUGGUGUUUCCGAUUGACUUCUAUGUCCUUGAAAUGCCAUCAAGCGAAACCGAGAGAGCAUCGUCUAUCCUACUUGGAAGGCCAUUCUUGAGAACUUCUAGAUUUAAACUUGAUGCCUACUCGGGGAACUACUCAUUUGAAAUAGACGGGAGAAUUGUAAGCCUUAGCUUAGAGGAAGCAAUGAAGCAUCCACCGGAGAACCAUUCUUUAUUUCGGUGUGAUCCAAUCGAUAACAUAGUGGCCGAAGUACAUCUAGCAAAGUUAGAUGAGAAGUAUAUGGGUGAAGAAGCAAAUGAAAAGUCAAGCGAAUUAAAUACUACACAUCAUGCAACUCAUCCGGAAACUCACACUUCCAAGAAAAACAAAAAGAUGGAAUUGAAGCAACUACCACCUCACUAA